AUGGGCAACGCGUGGAUACCAAUCAGCUCUUGGAACGUACGCAUCCGGAGCCUGGCAUGCCAUGACAUCACCCCCGUCAUAGGCGAGUGGCGGCCGGACCGUGUCGGGGCCAUCUCCCAGCGCGGAGCCGCCGCCUGCUGGCGCGCUGGCAAGCACGGUGCCGCCGCUCGCAUGGCCCCGCCGCGUCUCGGGGCCGUGGCCGUGCGCCUCCUGGCCGCCGCGCUGGCCGCGGGAGGGCCCGCCGCGGCCGGCGGCCUGGACGCCGCCGCCCUCGCGCGGGAGAACCACCUGCUGCGGCACUUCGGGGGCGGCGGCAGCGACCCGCCCUUCGGCAGCGCGCGGCGCGCGCGGGCGGCGGCGGCCGCCGCCGAAGGGGACCUCGCCGCGGACGGCGCGCUCGACCACGGGGCGCUCGGCGAGGUGCAGGCCGGCGUGGCGCGGCUGCGCAUGCCCGUCCCCGGGGUGCUGCCGGAGGUGGCCCAUGGCACCCGGCCCGUCUUUCACUGCCGGCUGGCCGGCGCCGCGCUGCGGCUGUUGCGGUGCACGCUCCCCGCGGCGGGCGCGGCGGCCUGUCACCCGCAGGAGAUGGAGGAGGACCUGCUCCUGGCGGCGGGGCUGGACCCUGACAUAGGCCGCCCCGUCGGAACCGUCCUCGCCGGUGUCUCCCGCCCGCUCCUCCAGGGCCCAGGAGCUCUGGCCGAUGAAGCAGAGCGAAAUGAGCUCAGUUCCCGUCAACCUAGGAUUCGGCUUCCCUGA